UCUCUGAAAACUAUGGACUUCGUCUGGAAUUAUUAUUACAGCAUUACGAAAAGAAUGCUAUCAUUAGUUGGUCAGUGGCCUUAUCAGAAAAGAGGAGAGAGGUUGUUCCGAAUGAUUCUAGUGACUAUGACUGAGCUUUCUGUGAUGGUUACGCAGGUGGGAAGACUCAUUCAAUGCGGCAAAAACGCACGAUGUGUUUUAAUAGGUAUACCAACGUAUCUAGUGCACACUGUAAUUAUGGUGAAGCUAUUCACAUGUCAAUUUUAUAGUAACAAAAUUAAACAUCUCACCGAUCAACUAUGUAGCGAUUGGACAAAUUUGAAAAGCUUGGAAGAAUACGAAAUUAUGAAAAUGUAUGCAGCAAAAGCAAGAUUGAUUUCUUUGAUUUAUUCCUCAUAUUAUUACAUAUGUUGUCCCCUGUUUAUGCUAUUUAGUCUUACACCGAAGGUAUUAGAUAUCGUAUUGCCCCUCAACGAAUCCCGCCCUAUAUUAAUGCCUCACGAAUGUCACUAUUUCGUUAGCGACGACAGAGAAUACUUCUAUUACAUUCUUUUCCAUGUUGUGAUAUCUAUAAUAAUAAAUAUAACGGGUCUACUCGCGCAUGAUUGCAUGAUCUUGACUUACAUCGAACACGUUUGCGGCAUCUUCGCUGUGGCUGGAUUUCGUUUCGAAAAUUUGGCACAUAAUACCGACGUAGAGAGUAAUAAUACAAAGAUAUACAAUCAAAAAAUAGCAUUAUCCGUUCGUGCACAUUGGCGAGCUUUACAAUUCGCGGAGCUUCUUGAAAAUACCUUUUCUGUAGCUUUAGUUAUACAAAUGUUCAUAGUUAUCGUAGCGAUGAGUGUCACCUUUGCGCAAAUGGCGGUGCAAUUAGAAAACAUUAUUGAAACGACGAGAUACAUAGCAUUUGUUGUUGGUCAGUUAAUUCAUAUAUUCUGCUUUAGUCUGCAAGGCCAAAAGUUGAUAGACCACAGUUUACGAAUGCAUGAUAAGAUAUAUAAAUGUGCCUGGUACAAAAUACCCGUAAAAUCGCAAAGAUUGCUUCUAAACAUCAUGAGAAGGAGCAUGCAACCGAAUAUUUUGAGCGCAGGCAGGAUAUAUAUUUUCUCAUUGAAAAGCUUCAUGACGGUAAAGAACAAAUUUUCAUAUAUAUUCUGUGAUGGUUACGCAGGUAGGAAGAUUCAUUCAAUGUGA